CAGAUGCUCCUUUAUCCCAUCGGCAGUAGAAUGCAGCUUGUCACGUGACAGCAGCUGUCAGCUCAGGGGAGGAACACAAACAUGGCGGUGUGCAUAGCUGUGAUCGCCAAAGAGAACUACCCGCUGUAUAUUCGUAGUGUACCCUCUCAAAAUGAGCUGAAAUUCCACUACACAGUGCACACGUCUCUGGAUGUGGUGGAGGAGAAGGUGUCAGCGGUGGGGAAAUCGCUGGCAGACCAGAGAGAGCUUUACCUGGGACUGCUCUAUCCAACUGAAGACUAUAAAGUAUAUGGGUAUGUGACAAACUCCAAGGUGAAGUUUGUGAUUGUUGUGGACUCCUCUAAUACGUCAUUGCGAGACAAUGAAAUACGAAGUAUGUUUAGAAAACUGCACAACUCUUUUACUGAUGUGAUGUGUAACCCUUUCUAUAAUCCUGGGGACCCUAUUCUUUCAAAGGCCUUCAAUGGGAUCGUUUCUGGAAUGAUGGUACAGACGGGCUGAAAUCCCUUCCCAGUCAACCUUGAGCUUGUUGAGCAUCCACUGUACAUAUGACCCUUUAUUCUGUUUACAUGUUGCCCUCAUUCUUGUAACAAAACUUGGUAAUAAACUCCUGUUGCACAUCA